AUGACAGUAGAAGACGAGGACUUUGACCUGUCAGGUAAUGAAGAAGCGCAGUCUCCCACGGCAACAUCGGGGGCGCGCAGGAGGUCGGUGGCUGGCUCGACACAUCCCACGAGGUCUAAGCGUGCCAAAUAUGCAGCCGCUGCUUGCACCGAGUGCAAGAAACGGAAACUCAAGUGCAUCAGAUUAGAAAAUGAGGAAGAAUGCCAGAGAUGCAUGUCAGGCGGCGUUUCAUGCACCUUCGGCCCAGCUCCUUCGCAAGAUGGCGCGACUGGUGUCAGGGAAAGGGUCAGAAGUAGGAGAAAGUCGAGGCAAAAUAGCCAGCCAAGUACUGAUCUCCGGAGCGAGCUCUCCAUGCUCAGAGAGCAGGUGGCUACCCUCGCAAAUACCGUAGGAAAGCUGGCCUCUGACAAGAGCCGUCAGGGAAUGUCAGCUUCCCCAGGAUCCCAGCAACAAAUGUCUCUUCACGACAACUCUUCUGUACAGGGAGAACAAGAACCGAAGCAACCACAAUUUGUGGGACCCACCAGAUCAGCGUUUAGUCUCAAGGUUGCCGAAACGUCAUUAACGAGGAUGGGGAUCUCAGCCCAGGAUCCGGUCACGGCAGCGGUCAGCGAGUCUCUUGCACCGACCCGAUACCCGACCCCCGAACAAUCUGAACCCCCGCAGUGGGCACCUGGAACAGAUAUCCUUCUCACUAUGCCACUUGAGGAAUUCGUGAGACUUCUUGAAGUUUUUGAGGAAGAGGUUGAGAUAGUCUACCCCUUUAUCGACACGCGUGAGAUGAUUUCGAAAGCAGCAGAUAUUCGUGCGUACGUGGAAGCAAAUACAGAUUGCAUGGCACCUGGCGCCAUGACAGGCGGAAGUGUAGACAUCAAAGAUGUCAUACUCGCAAAAGUAGCUAUAGCCAUAAGCAUGGUGGUCGAGGCGCAUGGCAAGAACUUAUCAAGCAGCAAGCUGGUUGAACCUGUCAAACAUCUGAUCUACCAGCUUACGCUCGAUGCGGAGGCUGACCUCAAAGUCAUUCAAAUAAUGGCUAUGAUUAGUAUCUACUACUUCUUCUCAGACGAGGAGUUACUCGCAUGGAGAAACAUUGGCAUCGCAGCGCGAGCAUCUCUGGAGAUGGGCUUACAUCAGAAUCUGAGUCUCACAGACAAUUUUCCAGACCCAAAGACGCGGAGUCUAGCAGUGCGGGUGUUCUGGUGCGUUUAUGUAUUGGAUCGUCGCUGGAGUUUCGGAACCAGUCUAUCAUUUGCCCUGUUUGACCGAGAUAUCGAUCCAAACUUGCCUGAGCCAUCUGAAGAUUUCCAGUACCUUCGUUGUUUGAUAGGUUACGGGCGUUUAUGCUCCAAGGCAUGGGACGCUCUGCCUCCAUUCAGCGCACCAUCUCAGUCUAUUCCAAAAGACACGGUUGCAUUCCUUGACUUUACAGCGCAAACUUGGCUCAACUCAAUACCCCCUGAUCUUCAACUACGACAUCCGCAACAUGGCAGUAUACCGACAGCUCAGCCCCGAUCCAUCCGCCGGCUACGAGCCCUCUUGUACCUGCGGGGAAAUCACAUAAGAACUCUGAUACACCGACAUCAUGUCAUCAGCUCUGCAAGCAUCGAAGCUGAUGUCGAGAAGGCACGUCUUGUCGUGGAUAUUGCUAUCGAUAGUAUAUCCGUCUUGGUUCAUCUGAGCGAAACGAGCGAUAUCUACGAACGGCAGCAGAGCGCGUUCAACUAUUUCCUGUUGAGUUCUCUGGCGGUCAUCUUUCUUGCCGUCUGUCAUGGCACCAGAAUAUUUGCCGAACCAUGCAGAGACAGCUUCCUCGCCGCGGUGGAGCUCGUCAAGUGUUUCUCUCGCCAGGGAACAGCCAGUCGCAGACUUUGGAAGAGCAUACGGGGUCUCUUGCCCCUAGCUCAUCGCAUCGGGCUCCGCGGUGAUGAAAUCGCUGGUGGCCGACGUGCUGAUGCAGGCGCGCAACAAUCUUUGAACAUCAUCUCCAGUUCUUCUCACCCCAUGGACACUGUGAUUGAGGAAGAAAAUCCCACGUCGGCUGUUGGUUUGGACUCGGAGUUUGCCCCGAUGCCAUCGGUACAACCCACGGGUAUGAGUGCAGAGUUCGGUGCUGGAGCUCCAGAUGCAUUUGCUCUCAGCAACGACUUGAUGUUCCUCUUCGACGCGUUUGGGCAGACGGAGGAUAUAUGGGCAAAUGGGAUGCAGGACUGCGUGGGUGGCAACGAGCAGCAGCAACCAUUGUCUGGAGAGGAGGAGAUCUCACGUCACUUUUGGGGUUUGAUUUAG